UCCUCUGAGUAAUCCCCUAGAGCUAACAUAGCUCUCUUAUCCAGAUUACACCAUUGCUUGACGACCAAACAUGCUACAAAUUUCGUAUCUUCAGUUUUGAUACUCCCGAAUACGAAUCACUGAUGGGAGUGUGCACCACGCGUACGCGUCUCCAACCACCAUUUCAAGAUCAACCACAUGCACAUCGAACGCGAAACACUUCAAUUCUACCAGAUACCCACGCAUAUCAACUCGGCUCGUAAAUUCAUCUCGUGACUAUAAAGACGCUCACGAAACGGUUUCAUUUUUCCACACCCUUCCUUUCCCACCUGCAUCCUCGAUGAAAGCCAUUCUUUCCACGACACUCCUUCUCUCGGGACCUGCUUUGGUCCAUGGCCUAUGCCAGAAAUAUGUUGACGCCGCCACAACGGCUGCUGCAAAUCUACAGUCUGGGUACUUUUCGGGGGGAACAUAUCCUUCCCAACCCGUCUGGAUCAGUGCAGUAGACGCCUGGCAUCUUCAGCGACUCGAUGGGUUGACCGGAGCGUCCACUUAUUCCGGUGUCAUCAAUACCGUCUUUACUAAUUACGAGAACGAACUUCAAAAUGGAGGUUCAUACGACGAUGUUCAAUGGGUCUCGAUCGCGUACCUUUCGGCCGGGAACGUAGACAUGGCGAAGAAAUAUUAUGAUAUUGCCAGUACGGCGGUUGAUAGUUCCUACUGUGGCGGUGGAUUGUUUUGGAGCUCGGCAAGGGAUUACAAAAAUGCGAUCACAAACGAGCUUUAUUUGGCCACUUCCGGUUACCUCUAUGAUGUAACUCAAGAUACCCAAUAUUUGACGAGUCUCAAGAACACAUGGGAAUGGUUCAAUGCUUCCGCCAUGCGAGGCAGUAACGGACUAUACAAUGAUGGCCUCUCGAAAGACGGUCUUUGUGCCAAUAAUGGCCAGACCCAAUGGACCUAUAACCAAGGCGUCGUUCUUGUCGGUUUAGGUUUCUUAUAUAAAUAUACCCACGACGAAAGUGCCAUAAGCACAGCCUGGUCCAUCAUGGACGCGAUCCUCGCUGAUCUUGUCGACAACGGUGCCCUACGUGAUUCCUGCGACAGCACCACCUCAACCACUUGCAACAAUGACCAGGUCUCUUUCAAGGGGAUUUUGGUCGAGUACAUGGCAUGGUUCCUCAGCAUCACUGGUCGCGAUAACGGCACCAAGUACUCGGAUUUCAUCAAGCUCCAGGCCGAUAAAGUGUUGCAGAACGCAGUUGGGACGGCGGGCUGGUACAGCAACCUCUGGUAUGGUGCCAACGCUGACGGGGCGGUUUGGACGGCACCCUCACAGGGUGCUGCACUUGGCGCGUUUGUUGCUGCUGGAGCUCAGAGUUGCUAAGGCUACUAUACCUGUAAUGGACUAAAUCAUCGGCCAUAAUAAUGGACUGAUUCUGAAUUAUCAAAAGCACAGAAAGACCAGUUUAUUGAG